AUGAUUUCUCGACCCAAGGUUGUCGUACUACCCGUUACCGAUCAAGUAAUCCAGCGUGUUGAAGCUUGGGCUGCUGCCGAAGGAGUGGAUGACACAGAACAAGGUUACUUAGAGGAAGCCUUUGAUCAGGACUAUGAACCUGAAGAAGAAGAUGAACGUGAUUUUAACCUACGUGGACAAUUCAAUGAUAUCGAUGACUCCAAAAGAAAUGAGCUCUUGGCAGAUGCAGACAAUGAUGUCGAUGAUAUGCCGGAACUCACCGUCAGAUUCCAAGGGGAUGAUGACUAUGAAUCAGAUGACAACGAUUUGGGUGAUGAAGGCGAUGAAGAGGAAGAACCUAUUGUGGCCGAUUUGGAUCACCAUCAAGAAAAUGUCAAUAGAGGAACCAAUGAUAUUGGGAGCCUCGUUACUGAUCUGGAGGAUCUACAAGAACCGCUAGAAGAAGAGAUUGUAUUUGAGCCUGAAGAGUCUCAAGUCGCAAAAGUCACUCCAUCUGGGCAAACGUAG